AUGCGCCAGUGUCUGACUUUUGUUGAGCACAUAGAAGAUCGUUCUUUCCGUCGCAGGAAAGAACAACAAGCGAAAGUCAACGCUAUCAAGAGACGACAACGAUCAACACCACAACUUCGAAUCCCAAAGCCUCCAAUUCCAGGAUAUCGAUCUACGCAACCUCGAGCCUCGAUUCCAUCAUUACAAGUGCAAUCCCACACAAUGUUACGUGCAACGGUAUCUACGAAGGGUCCCUAUAUGACCAGCCACCAACAGAUCGCCGCGGAUUCAAUCGAAGGAAGAAUUCAAAGCUUCUUACAAGAAGUCAAAGGCCUUAGUUAUGCUCCUUUCGCCUCUGCUCUUGUUCGCUUCGUCAAGGAUCGUAAUACAGUAGACGAUGAGUAUCUUCGAGUCCAGAAGAACAAGCUCCUAUUAGCCCUCGACGGUGUAGUUGAUUUAUGCAAGACUCAGAGCAAUGCUCUACUCGACGGGGUUACUGAGGCAACUACAAAGGAAGUUGGACGUAUUAGGAAUGGCCUUCUUGGUGUCCCUGAUCCUGACCUCGGCACCUCCGUUCCCGGGAAUGAUUCACUUAGUGUCGAUCUUGCCACUGUCGAUGGCCUUUUCAUGCUACUAGAGGUAGCCCCUGAUCAAACCCCUCCCAAUUUGGUUGAGCCUCUCUUCGUAGGACAACCUCCUAAAGUCGCUCGUCUUCCACGCAACGCUGCAGAAUACAACCAAAUCCUCAAGUAUAACAGAAAGCUAUCGAACGAAGCUUUAGUUCUACAUAGCAGGAGCCUCGAGAGCCGUGUCGACGAAGCCUUGAAGCUUGUUCUUAAUAAAUUCCAAGACGAUCUAAAGAGAGAGAAAACUAAAGUUAAGGGUAGACUCAAUAACGCUGAGAGGGCAGCUCAUAAGACUUUCGAAGAUAACCUAGAGACUAGCCAGGAGGGUCUGCUUGCUUUAUUAAAGCAAUUGGAAAGCGCUGAGGAUACAGUCAAUAAGCUUGCUGACAUCAAGCGAGCGAACGACGAUGAUACCCGUCUAGACUUAGAAGAGGCUCAAGCUGAGGCUCAAGCUAAGGCUCAUGCUGUGGUCGGAUCUUCUAGUGUACAAGGCAAGGCUAGCACUCCUAUCAUCAUUGAUGACGAUACCGACCACGAGGCCGACGAACCAGCCAAGCGCCAUGAUACUGCAUCAACUUAUGGUCGUGUCGAGUACUGGGAUGGGAAGGGGCAAUUACCUGUCUCUGGAGAGGGGUCCAAAUAUGCACAUGGCUUCAUUGAACCAGUCAUUGAAGACGCCAGUGCUGCUAACGUUAAGACUCGUCGCAUUGUCCUAACAGGCAAGGAAAAUCUCCCUCUCAUCGGUGCCAAGAAGCGCAAAUUGUCCCCGGAUGGUUUUACACACGAGUAG